UAUGUUUGGGUAAUAUUUAAUCAUAGUCUACUCUAUCUUUAAUGUAGCUUCACAAAACAUUGCUUCCAAUUCAUUCCUACUAACCAAAACUUAUGGUUAGCAGAAUUCAAUUACUGUAGAUGAAAGCAUAGAUCUUCACAAUUUUUAUAAUGAAUACUAUGCUUUGACAUUGAGAAUUGGAACUCCAUUAUAAACAUUACAAGUCCUUGUUGACACUGGAUCUAGUGUAUAACAUAUCAAAAUAUUAAGAUAUUAUGGUUGGCCAAUUACACUUGCGAUAAUUGUUCUAUCUUAAAUAGAUAUAAACCAUUUAAGUCUUAAACAUAUAUUGAUUUCAAUUAAACUUAUACAUAAAUAUAUGGGUAAGGAGAAUGCUAAGGUUCAUUUGGAUAAGACUUGAUUUCAAUUUCUGAUACACCAAUUAAUACAAAUUUAACUUUCUUAUUGGCAAAUCAAGUUUCUGAUUUAUUUGUACAUCUAUAUUCAUAUUUAAGUUAUAAGAAACAACAUCUGGCAUUAUGGGAUUAUCUAAUUGGGAUUAGUAUAAUAAUAUCUUUGAAUCUGCAUAUUCAAAUAACUAAAUUCAAUCUCCUCUAUUUGGAUUUUAAUUUUUAAAUUCAACCCAAGGAUCUUAAUUGUUUUAUGGACAAUUUAAUCAAUCUAUACUUGAUUAAACUAUUUGGAUUAAAACAAAUAUGAAAAAAUAAUGGGUAUUAAUUUCUAUUUAAAUUAGUCAACAUAAAUAUUGGGAAUUUAAAUUAAUAAUGAUGAAUAUCUAUACUUUGAAGAUCAUAGUAGUAUCUUUGAUUCAGGAACUACUUGUUUAUUAUUAGAAGAAAAAGUAUAUAAUCAUAUUUACAAUAAUUAUUUUAAUUGUAAUUUAGAUUGUGAUUGUAAUAAUGUAUAUCCUAAUCUUACCUUCUUUUUUUAAGGUGCAAAGGUAACAGUACCUGAAUCUGCUUAUAAAAGAUAUUUAUAGAAUGGAUCAUGUUCAAUGUGUAUUGAUUAAGCUAAAUCUACUAAUAUUUUAGGAGAUCCAUUUAUGAAACAGUUUAUUUCUAUUUUCAAUAAAGAAGAAUAACUAAUUGGAUUAUAUUAAACUUAAAAGACGUUCAAUAUAAAAUAUUGGUACUUUUACUCUGCUUUGGGAAUAUAAAUAAUCUUCAUUUGUGCAUUAGUAUAUUACUAAGUAUAAAGAAAACUAUUUUUAUUGGCUGGAGAAUGA